AUGGCUACCAUUCUCUCUCCAUCAGUCCGCCUCUCGUCCACCACCACUACCCAAAAACCACCACAAGCCCCACCACUCUCCAAAAUCCACCUACCCAUUUCCAACAAACCCCUCCUCAAAACACUAACUGCCACCGUUGUAGCCACCACAAUAUUAACUGCCAGCACUCCUUCCCUAGCAGACCCUUCACAAACUUUCCAUAUCUACUAUGGCACCGCAGCCAGUGCCGCCAAUUACGGUGGAUACGGUGGCAAUUCCGACAAGAAAGCUUCUGCUGAGUACGUCUAUGAUGUCCCUGAUGGAUGGAAAGAACGUUUAGUUUCCAAAGUUGAAAAGGGUACUAAUGGAACGGACAGUGAGUUCUACAAUCCAAAAAAGAAAACGGAAAAGGAGUACUUGACUUAUCUUGCUGGUUUCAGGCAGCUAGCUCCAAAAGAUGCUGUGUUAAACAACUUGGCCUUGUCUGAUGUGGACUUGCAAGACUUGAUAUCUGGUGCAGAUAGGGUGGUGAGUGAAGAGAAGAAAGAUGGGAACGGACAACUGUAUUAUGUUUACGAGAUUGAUGGGGUUGGUAAACAUAGUUUGAUCAAGGUUACUUGUUCUAACAAUAAAUUGUACGCUCAUUUUGUCAAUGCACCAACACCUGAAUGGAAUAGAGAUCAAGAGAUUUUGAGGCAUCUUCACGAGUCAUUUAAGACUGUUGUCUAG